UCAAAGAAUACUUGUCACUCAAGCUUGAACUAUUUGUCUAAAGAAAGAAUAGCAUGUCAACUUUUAAAUAACACAAUUCUUAAAUAAAUAAAUAUUCUGAGAUUGUCAUGUGUAUGAAAUUAAAGAGAUAGAAUAAAGUUUCUCAUUAUAACUAAUUGUGAUCAUCAGUCACGAGCACUUUUCGCACUGUAAUGCGAUGACGUAAUCUAUGCAAAUCAUGGAAACGCCCCCUACAGUGCAUAUAAAAGUACACGCUUUAUCUUCGAAUUCAUUCACUUUCCUGCAGGUUUGGAAGAUGGCAGAUUACACAGAUGAUGAAGCUCAGAUGCUCUCGGAUAGUGAGGAAGAGUUCACCCUUUCCUCAGAAGAAGAGUGCGACUCCGACGAGGAACGUUUACAUUUUGAAGAGAGACUUGAUCCAGACGAGGAUUUCAUUUCUGACGAAUCAAACGAUGACACUGAUCUGACACCCAUUGCAAAGAGAGCCAAGACAGACAUGAAGGAAAGCAACUUGCAGACCAAUGUACCAUGGAAAACCGAGACAGACGUUGACAUGGCACCAAAGACUCUGAGAUUCCUGCCAGCACGUGAACCUGGACCACAGCUGAGUCCUGCUGACGUUCACACUCCCCAGAGUCUCUUCAAAACGUUUUUCACUGAGAAUGUGGUUUCAACUUUGUGCAACAACACCAAUGCUCAGGCCACCAAAGCAACUGCAAAUGGAUGCAAAUCCAAAUGGGUGGACGUCAGCAUCAGUGAGAUGUACCGCUACAUUGGGCUGCUUCUUUACAUGAACAUAGUGAGGUUGAGCUCCAUCUGGGAGUACUGGCGAGAGGACUUUUUCUCUGUGGGUUUUCCUGUCAAGGUCAUGUCAAAAGACAGAUUCUGUAACAUUUCUUGGAAUUUCCAAAUGAGUCACCCGGAAGAAGACGAGGAAAAUGACAGAAAAAAGGGCACAUCUGAACAUGACUGUCUUUUCAGGAUCAAACCUCUCAUGGACACCAUCCGAAUCGCUUGUAAAGCCAUGUAUCAUCCUAAAAGAAACUUAGUUGUGGAAGAAAGAAUAGUGCCAUGGAAAGCGGACCCGGAAAUAAUACAUACCAUGAAAGCCAAGCCAACCAGGGACUUCAAGUUGUUUGUCCUUGCAGAUUUAUCCAACGGAUACACUGUGGACUUUUCUGUAUACACUGCAAAAACCAACUUUCCCACAGGCCAUGGAUUACCAUAUGAUGUUGUGACAUCUCUUUUGGACCGUACAUUUUUAGGCUCUGGUUACCAUGUGUACAUGGACGAUUUCUUCACAAGUCCAGAGCUCUUGAAAGACUUGUUUUCCAUGAAGUUUGGUGCUUGUGGGACUUACAAAGAGUCUAAGAAGGACUGUCCACGGGCUGCAACUAAUUCACUCACGAAAAAAUCUGCCAGGGGAUCCAUCAGGUGGAUCCAGGAUGGACCUCUUGUAUUUGUGAAGUGGAUGGACACACGGGAGGUCUCUGUUUGUUCUACAAUCCAUUCUGCUUAUACAGGAGAUACUGUUCAGAGGAAGGUGAAAUCACAAGGUACAUGGAAGGCAAAGACAUUUCCAUGUCCUGCACCCGUGACGGCUUACGAUCAACACAUUCACAAACGCGUUCACCUGUCUGAGGAUCUGUUACAGUGCUACUCUGCAUGGCACAAGACAAUGAAGUGGUACAGAAAAGUUUUUUACUACUUCUUGGACAUUGCUGCCACAAACGCCUUUAUUAUUCACAAAGAGCUGUAUGGUAACAUGUGCCACAAAGAGUUCCUGGAGGGGCUUAUUGAAGACCUCUGUGUUUUUUCAAAGACAGCAACACCAAAACAAACCGGCGGUGACCAUGUGCCAAUACCUGGAGGUCGCCGGACCUGCAUGCUUUGCAAAGAGCAAGGUAAAAGGCAGGACACACCUUGGAAAUGCAAGGCAUGUGAUGUGCACUUGUGUGUUCAAUUGAACCGGAACUGUUUUCAGAAAUGGCACAACUGACUUGACUGUGUGCACAAAAAUAUGCCUUUGACACUUAUGCCUUUUUUAUUGUAUUAUGCAGUAUUUUGUGAAUAAACAACAAACAAUAUAAUCAGUCAUU